GCCUUUCAUGGUGUUUUAGCCAACCGAUGAAGCCACCUAACGCUAGUCGCACUUGGCGAGCUUUGUGGUCAAGCAGCGUACAGUGUGUGAAAAAAACCAUGAUAUAAAACAGUGAAAACGGUGAAAUGCUGCCUGCUUGGUGCCUUUUCUUCGGUUCUCAAGAGAUUUGCCCCAAAGCCAACGAGACGCAGCAACAAAUGCCCCUGUUUCUUGCAUAUCUCCUGCUAGUCGUGGCCUCUUUACUCUGGAUUCGCAGACAUCAGCUUGGCAGGAUUUUUUUCAGCCCAAGCAAAUCAGUGCUUGAUUGGACGAAGAGCCGACUCCCCGGCCAAUGGUCUUCCCAUCAGGCGACUCUUUCAGGUGGUUUGCAGGAACUGUGGCAGGACGGCUCCCUCCUCUGCGCUCUCAUCAACUCGGCCAUCCCAGAGGCCUGUUCUGAUCCCCAUAGACAUUUUAACAAGCGCCCCGUACAUGCUCAGCAACUCGCUUGGAAGUACUUUGGAAUCAACCCGGUCUUCACAGAAGAAAACUUCAGCCUCCCCUGGUCGACUCAGCUGGAAACUCAGCUACUCAACCACUUGCUGCUGCUUCAGAAGCGGAUCGUUGCUUCGGAACACUCACAACCUCCCAGUCAGGUCACAUCCACUUUCCACGUUAGAGGCAUGGGCCUCUACACUGCCGAGCAAUUCAAGGAAGCAGAUUUUUUCAUCUACUCCCACCAGGGCAACUUUCUGCAGCUGGAGGUGGCGAUUCUGGGUCCUUUUGACUCGCAAUGCCGCACCUCCUUCCAGGACCUCCUGGAGAAUCUUCACCUCAAAUCUUCCUCGAACAACAUCAAGAUGCAAAUGCUGGUGGAAGAAACCCGGCUCAAGAUCUCCUACGUUCCUCAGUAUUGUGGAAUCCAUGAAAUCAGGCUGAGCUGCAACCAGGAGAGUUUGGAGGGAAGCCCCUAUCACGUCAAUGUCCUCAAUUAUUCCCUGUUCAAGUGCAAGGGUUCAGCGAUGGCAAUCAGCAAAUACCUGAAAGAACUGACGAAUACUCGGGAAAAGCUCCAGACUCAGAGGGGAAACUGCUCGAAUAUCCAGAAGUUGGUUGAUAGCUCUUUUAGAGUGGCCUGCAAGGUGACCAGGGCCUCCCCUGCGCUUAGAGCAGGCUGUUUAGCUCAGUUCUCCAGCUCUUAUCCAGUAUGUGAACGGCAUACUGCUGCAGAAGAUUGCCGGAAACUCUCGAUGGACGAACGAAGAAAGAUAUUUUCCAGCCAAACCCAGGUGGGGCCUGAGCAGGUUGGGGCAUUUAGACGCCUUCUCAACCACUUGAGCAAGGAAGCUCCAACAGAAGAUUUUCUGGGUAACAACCAAAAACUGGCUCUUCCACGGACGGUUCUGGAGAAGAAGGUGUUUUGGGAAUCUGCCUUUGAUCAACCCAAACUGGAGUCUAUUGAAGACAGCCAGCAAUCCUGGAACCGACGGUUGAAGCACGUGGAUUCGCUCUACCUGCUCAGAAAGCGCCCGGUAUCCAAAUCCAUGAGCAACCUGAACUGGGAUGGAAAAAAGACCGUUGAAAAACCCCGGUGGUUUCAAGACUAUCUGGAUCUGUGCGGCCGAAUUAGUCUGGAUGAGCGACUGAAGUCGUUUAUGCGAAGCUCACGUCAGGGUGAAGCCUCAGGUUUGAAGACAAAGAACUCCGGGACGAAUUGACGUAUUUUGUUAAUUAAUUUAGCAAGUUAAGGUCUGUUUUGCGAAAA